AUGGAUUGGCAACCGUACUCCUCAGAUUUAAAUUCCAUUGAACAUGUAAGGGAUACUUUAAAGAGACGCCAGGUAGUACGAUUAUACCAGAUGCUGCUUGAAAAAUGGGAUCUCUUACCCCAAGAAUUGUUAGAUAAUCUGUUGUAUCGACAGACGGUGCAACGCAACCAUGACAGAGCUUGUACUGCUAUGAAUGCUUAUAUCAAUUUUGAUAUGGUUUCUUGGAUACGGAGAAGGGAUUUUCAUGUGCUCACUUCCGGUCUAGUGAAAUAUACUGCUGACGACAGAUUUGUGCCAGUCAACAUGGAACGAUCAGACGACUGGAUACUCCAGAUAAAGUUGGCCCAGCUGGCUGAUGAGGGCCUCUACGAGUGCCAAGUCAACACACACCCUCUAAUAAGCUUCUUUGUCAAUCUAACUGUGCUAGUUCCUCAAGCAUCAAUACGGGAGGCUCCAGAUCUGUAUGUAAAGACGGGAAGCGCUAUUAACUUGACCUGUGUAAUAAGCCAAAGCCCAGAGCCCCCUGUUUUCGUGUUCUGGUACAUCAACCAAAGGAUGAUCAACUAUGAUUCGACCAGAGGAGACAUCACACUGCAGAAAGCUGGAAAAGACACAGCCAUCAGUAGACUCUUUAUUAAGAAUGCUCAGCCGGCAGACUCUGGAAAUUAUACAUGUGGACCUUCUAAUGCCGGUGCUACUAGUAUUAGUGUACAUGUUCUUAAUGGGGAGAAGCGAGCAGCGAUGCAGCACGACUUGAACACUUCUCCUGCAGCCGCUUCAGCAACCACCUGGGACCAAUUCGCAUGGGGUUUCUGGAUUUCUAUGCUCUUCUCCUUGGUUCUGUCAUCCUGACGCCACUGACCAGCGUUCGAUUGGCAAAUCAGAUAUGACAGUCCGUCCAAUUCUCAGCCACACUUUUAAUACAGGUAGAUGAUCAUGUAUGGAGUGCUGCAACAGUAUCGCCAUCUCAAGGGUGGAUUAGAAGAGAAGUCUUCGAAAAUGAAUACAAGCCUUUGUACGAGUGGCUAGAGCUGAUUCGGACUUCAUAAUUCUAUAGACAAUUUAAUUUCUUCGAGAUACAAAACGUCCAUUUUUGCGACAGGGCCAAAAUGUAUAGAUAGGUAACUAUGCUUACCAAUGGACUCAUUAUGUUUUUCUGAAUAAAAAUGAUCGUCAGAUGUGUGGUACUGUGCAGCAUUCAUAGUGAAUAUAACAAUAAAUCAUAAGGAAAUAAUACCUGAUACCUAUUGUACCCUCAUAUCUGUGUCUUCUAAAUAAUAUAUAAACUUAAAACUAUAUACGUGUUACAAUCUCAAGUCUGUGCGAUUCGACACGGCUGAUGAUGCCAAAUAUUGAACUAAGAACACAAAGACAAUGUACUGUGUACAUCAUGUAUGUGUUACUGGAUUUUUGCAUAUGUAUACAGAAAAGUAUAACUAUAUAUAUACAUAAAGAAUUAUAAUAUAUAUGUAUAUUGAAAAAAUUCUUGUUUGUCAGGAAUGAAAUUUCAAAGGUGCUUCAUCUUAUCAUCAUAAGUAUAGUUCGAAACAUUAUAAAAUGAAAGAAUUUUCUAGAAAUGAUCAUUCAAUUAUAAAUUUGAUUGAAAAUUUGUGCUGUUUAAGUGUAUAUUGUAAUAUAGUUUUGCGAGCUCUACGUAACUAACAGACUUAUAAAAGAAGCCUGAAUCAGACCUUAUUAAGAACAUUUUAUGGCUUAUUCCUUCGAAAAGCUUUACUUUUUCUUUCUGGAUAUUUUCUUUGUAAAGUGAAAACUCUAUAUAAAGAAUGAAAAGCAUGCAGUUGAAUGAUCUACUUUUAAUUAGUUAGCAUGGAUGACAAAUAUAUGGAGAAUUUCUUCAUCUGUGGCUAACUAUUGCGUGUUGUGUAACAUGAUUUGAGGCUCAAAUUAUGUAAUAUAUUCCAAUGGAAUGAAUAAAAAAUUUUACUAAAA